AUGACCUCUAUAUUAUCAAAUUUAAAGAAAAGGUUUUCUAUUAAACCUACAACAAUAUCAGAUAUUGUUAAUAACAAUGAUGAUGAAAGUGAAAUUAAACAAUUAAAUAUCAAUAGCAAUAAUAAUAAUAGUAAUAAUGUUAAUAGUCAAUUAAAAAAAGUAUAUAAAAGAAAGAAAUCUUCAACAGUUGAUAGUGAUGACGAUGAUAAAAGUAACCAAAGUAGUGUUGACGAUGACGAGGAUGACAAUAAUUCAAGUGAAGAUUCAGGUCAAGAAAUUGAAAAUGUAAAGGGUAAAUCUGUAACAUUUAAAGAACAACCAAAACCAAACAAUAUGAUGGCAAAUAAACAAUUAUCUGCAGUACCAAAAUCAAAAAGAAAAUCAAUUAUCAUUCAACCAACCAAUUUGAAUCAAACAAAUAUAGAUACAACAACCAUUAGAAAUGAUCUAGAUAAUAAUUCAUUACCACCAAUUCAAAAGAAAGUACCAUUAACUCAUUUACAAAUUUCUGAAAUUUAUGCAAAUUGUAUUAAACUAUCAACUGAAAAUAAAAUUAAUCAAAAAAAUUCAUGGACAUUAAAAUUAAUUGAUCAUUUUGAUGAUGUUUUAGAGAAUCAACAUGCAGGUGAAUCAAAUACAACCAAUUUUCAAGCGGCAUCAUGUGUAUUGGAUGCAAGUGUAAAGAUUUAUUCAAAUCGUGUAGAUUCUGUACAUGUUGAUACAUAUAAGAUUUUAGGUGGUUUAUCAAGAGCAGAAAGAGAAGAAGUAGCAAAUGAUGAUGAUGAUGAUGAAGAUAGUAAAGAUAAAGAAAAUGAAGAAAAAAAAAAUAAAAAUAAAAAGAAAAAGAAAACUGGUGUAAAUACAUUAGAACAAAAUAUAGAUAAUAUAACAAUUAAGAAAUUUGAUAUACAAUUUAUGGUUGAUCCACUAUUUGGUAAAACAUCGGCAGCAUUUGAUGAAGGUGGUGCAAAAGGUUUACUCUUAAAUAAUCUUUCAAUUUAUGGUGAUUGUAAAUUAGUAUUUGAUUCAAAUGAUGCAAUUUAUUCAUCAUCAACUAGUGAAAACAAAAAGAACAAAAAUAAAAAGAAUGAAAAGAUUGAAUCAAAAAUUAAUAUAACACCAUGGAAACAUUUAUUUGAACCAGGUUCAAAUAAUUCAUUAGAGAUUUGUCCAACCUAUUGUGGUUUUUCAGAUUGGUCUGUAAAAAGUAAAGAUGGACUUUCAUUUAAUCUAAGUUCAUUAUUAAGAAAGAAUCAAGAUGAAGAAAAACAACAACAAGAACAACAACAAGAACAACAAUUAAAUAAUCAAGAUAAUGAUAACUUUUUAAAUCAUAGUGGUGAUGAUGAUUUUGAAAUUGAACAAUCAAAUCAACCACAAGCUCAACAUGAUGAAAUUGAUCUCAAUAAACUUGGUAAUAAUUUAGAUGAUGGUGAUAUGGGUAUUCAUUUUGGUGGAGGAGGGGAAGAUGAUGAUUUUGGUGAUGGUAUUGGAUUGGGUUAUGAUGAUGAAGAUGAUGAUGGUAAUCAUAACAAUAGAGAUCAUAAUAUUAUGGGUAUUUUAGAUGCAAAUCAAGAUUGGGAACAAUUAAAUUUAAUUGAACCAAAUCAAAAUCAAAAUUGGAAUGGUCCUGAACAUUGGAAAUUUUCAAAAAAAAAAAUAAAUAAAAAACAAGAAGGAAAUGAAGAAAAUGGAGAAGAUGAAGAAGGUUUAGAAUCUGAUAAAACAAAGAAAAAGAAAAAAGUGACUAGAAAAAAAGCAUUUCUUUUAGAUUUUGAUAGUGCACCACCACCAGAGUCAAUGUUUGAACCUGGUAAAGGUUCAACAUUAACUGUUGCAUCAUUAAAGAAAGCAUCAGAAACAAGUACAAUUUUACCACCAGAUAUUCAUUAUGAUAUUAAAAUGUUAUCAAGACUAUUUAAUAAACCAAAAUGUUCAAUUCCACCUAUGAGUAAAAGAGAAGAAGUUUUAAGAUUCUUAAAUCCAAAAUUAAAUAGAAAUAAUGAUGGUGAAGGGAGUGAUGAUGAUGAAGAUAAUGGAAAUCAAGAUUAUGAUUUUCCAAAUUCUCAAAUUCUUCAAGAUGAUUUUAAUCCAAAUGAAAAUAUGAAUGGUGUUGGUAGAAUUAAUGAUGAUGAAGGUUAUGGAGGAAUAGGUGGUUGGGAUGACGAAGAUGAUAGACCUAUCAAUCAAAAUAAUCUAGUUAAUAAUAAUAAUAAUAACAAUGAUGGAAUAAAUAUAAACAAUGUUGGUGGAUUUACAUUUGGUUUAAAUGGUGGUGUCUUAAUUGAUGAACCAAGAAAAGUUAGUAAAAUUGAUAUCAAUUAUGCAAGAGUAUCUAAAAAGAUUGAUGUUAAAUCAUUGAAAACUUCUGUUUGGUCAAUCAUUGAUUCUGAUGAUAAUAAUAAUAAUAACAAUAAUAAUAAUAGUCAAAGAAAUUCAGAAAAUAUUGAUGAAUGUAGUUUUGGUUCAUUAAUUGAUGAUUUAAAAGAAGAACAAAAUCAAUUAAGAUUAAAUAAUAAACCAACAGCUGGUGAAGUUUCAAUUCCUCUUGCUUUUAUUUGUGUAUUACAUCUUGCCAAUGAAAAGAAUUUAACAUUAAAUCAAGAUAAUAUAAAUAAUUUCAUAAUUUCAAAAUAA